GCAUUGCUUGGUUACAUAAAAGCUGCGAAGGUUCGAAAUUUCACAACUUUCAUUAUUUCAUCAAUUGGUAAUAUUGGAAUGUUUUUCAAGAGUAAGGGAAACAUGUUGCAUAUAAUUAUUCACCUUCAAAAAGGUUUCGGUAUCUAUAUUGUCGGAAAUUGCUGCAUGGUUUUAGAACAGGUUACUCUUGUCUCACAAACUUAUUAGUCGCUCGUGAAAGCUGGUGCGCUCUUAAGGACCAAAAAUUACCUAUAGACGUAGCUUACAUCGAUUUCAGCAAAGCCUUCGACAAAGUUCCGCAUAACCGGCUGUUAUAUAAGCUAAGGAAUGUCGGGAUUGGAGGCAAUCUAUUGAUGUGGAUAAAAGACUUCCUAGUUGGGCGUCAACAAAGAGUAAGGGUGAACUCCAAGUUGUUUAGCUGGGAAACUGUGCUUAGUGGAGUCCCCCAAGGUACAGUUUUGGGGCCAGUGUUAUUCCUCCUGUACGUAAAUGAUCUCCCUCGUCUACUAUCGUCAUCGGUCUUACUCUAUGCUGAUGAUGUCAAGAUAUGGAGAGCGAUACAAAGCAAGAGCGAUAGCUUAGAACUUCAAAAUGACCUGGAGAGAUUAUCUGAAUGGUCCCAAACCUGGCAAUUGCCGAUAAACACUUCCAAGUGUAUUGUGAUGCAUAUUGGCCAUCAGGGUACAGAUACAUACACGAUGAAUAACACUGAGUUACCUAUUGUUCAGGCACACAAUGACUUAGGCGUCAUCGUUAGUCAAGACUUAAAGACUACUGCACACUGCCGUGCAAUAGCCGCCAAAGGUUUUAGGACUUUAUGGUCCAUACGCAGGACUUUAUGCAUCUUGACGCUAAAACGUUUCUGACUUUGUAUACAGUGUUCGUACGCCCUAAACUUGAGUACUGUAUACAAGCAGCUAACCCCUGCCUAAAAAAAGACAGUGAACUCUUGGAAAGAGUUCAGAGAACAGCAACUAGGCUGAUUCCCGGAAUAGCGAAGCUCCCGUAUGGUACUAGACUGACCAAGCUAAACUUAUUCCCGCUGUCAUAUAGAAGAAUCAGAGGUGACUUGAUUAUAGUUUUCAAAUUGCUAAAUGACAAAUUUGCACCUGAUAUGCCCUCAUUUUUCUUGUCUUCCAAAACAGAAAAUCUACGAGGACACUCCAAAAAAGUUCACAAGCCCAGAACGAAUUACUUGUCAGCUGACUACCGACUUUCCCAUCGAAUAAUCAACGAGUGGAAUUCAUUACCUCAGCACGUGGUUGAGGCUCCAUCCGUCGACUCCUUCAAAAGAAAGUUGGAUCAGCUGAGAGACCAUCAUUGCCAGGACUAACACAGGCCACCAAGCCUCCUGUCCUUUCCAAACUGAAACUGAAACUGAAACUGAUAUUCAUGCAUAAAACAUUAAUUCUCCAGUCUCCCUAUUUUGGGGGAAAUUUGUCUGUUUUGGUAGAAUUUCGGGAAAAUGGCACGAAAACCCCGCAAUUUCCUCAGUACUGUAUGACAAUUACUUUAGGGAAAUUUGUCUGUAUUUAUGGAAUGGUGAUUUCAUCAAUCUUGUAACUGAUCCCAAACAACAAAUAAAAGGGGAAAUAAAGGCGAACAAAGGGAAAAUAAAGCGGACGAAAGCGUAAAUAAAGGGAGUUAGACAAACAGACAACUUAGUGUUUCGUCCAAUAGCCUUCGUUUGCGUGUGUCAAUGAGUAGAUUAUGGUGUUGUAGCAGGUCUAUACCAAUGAUUGGCAUAGAAACAUCUGCAACCACGAAAAUCCAGUGAAUACGUUUGCAUAAACCCACGUUCAGGUAGACUUACCCUUUACAACAUGUGAUGAUUGGCUUUCCAUUUGCCGCCAGUAAGCUCAAAACAGAUUCGUGAAGCCUGUCGUUAGAAUUCACAGGAAGAACGAUAACUCCUGCGCCAGUAUCGACGAGGUAGCGAACUUUCGUGGUCACAUCUGUGACAUAUAAAAGGCAGCUAUGUUCGCCGGCUACGGUUGCCGUUAACGCGUGCCGGCUGGGAAGUUUCCCGAAUUGUUUUUCGUGUCGGUGGAUUUAGAGUUCGGAUAAUCGCAGGGUUUUCUGAAAUUCCCAGAAGACUUUCCAUACUGGUUAUGAUACUAUCAUUGGACGGCGUUAUCCGUCUCUCGUCAUCUGGAGACAGAUCGUCUUCGUGAAAGGCUUCUUCACGGGGUAUGUGACCGUUUACGGUCAUUUUCAAAUCUAAGAUAACCUGUAAAUGUAUGACAUAAUUCCGUAGUGUCGUUCUGGAUUGUUGUCAAUCGUACAUGUCUCAAUAAUAAGCACGAAUGGUUAGAUAUCAAGUCACCAUUUACUAAUUAGCUCACUUCAUGUCCGAACAACAGACAUUUUAGAGUCAGGAUAGAAUUCGCCUCAUCUCAGACUACGGAAUGUCAUAAACGGUGCCCUCAGGAUUCAGUACUAGAACCUCUUCUUUUCCUUAAUUCCUAAAAAUAGCCUUUCUCAAUAAGUAUCGUCCGAUUUGUCACCUUCCGCUGACGAGGUAAACUCUUGAGAGAAGGGAAGUAAAUCAAAGGCCCAUGCUAAUUAUUUUGGCAUACAGUUUUGUUUAUCUAGUUUAAUUUAGAGUUAUUCAGUCUAAUGGACUGGUAUCGUCUCUUUUAGUAGUAUGUUCCAGAAUUUAGUUACUCUUAAGACGAAUCUAUAAUCGUAUAGAAUGCGGCAUUUCCUGAGCUUUUGAAUUUGUUUUCUACUGAUUCUCGGUUUCUUUAAUUUAAAUACGAAAGGAGAAUGACCUCAAGCCCAUCACUAUAUGGUUUCGUUACGAAUGAAAAAACUCUAUCACCUUAUUCUAACAAUUUAAACCUUUUCCUACGGGCCUGUUUGCCACGAAUGUUUGAUGAUAUCUACUCGUAUGUUUGCCUAAGCUUUAAAAUUAACCUAUAAUGGUAUAUGUUGGCAUUUAUUAGGUGAAUACUUAAUAUUUUUGCAUUUCACUCCUAUAACUUACACAUUUAUGAAUAAUGAAUAUAAACUAUGGAUGUAGAUCUGAAUGUUUCGUGAGCGGAAGACGCUACAAAAACUGUGAUUGAUUGCCUGAAAAAUUAUGCCGUUCAUACAAGCAAAAACGUAUGGAUCGUGAGUUUUAAAUUCAGUCGUCAGAUGCUAUAUAACGUUUAUAGAAUUCAAUGCCUGACGCUUACCACGUCUAUUUUGAGCUUUGCGUCAUGCUGUCAAAACCUAUUACACCUAGAAGAAGGUCAAAUAAAGAACCAAAGUCAGUACCGGUCACCAAGUAAGCAUUAUAUGAAACAGUGAUAUUUCUAGCGUGACUCGAUAACUCUUUUUACGUCGGGUUGUAAUUCAAACGUGAGACUAAAGUCUCUCAAGGUUGUACAUAUGUGAUAUUAUAUAUGGUCGUUUAGACAUCCAAUAAAAACUUCACUAAACACACAUGUACAAAAUACUUGAUGAAUUUGCUCACAUACAAAUGUUUUAUAAAGUCUUUUAUGCGUAAUAAAAAGUUUCUAGAGGUUUCUAGUACUAAGAUCUCUCGUAAUAAUACAUCUUAACACAGACAAGGGCCAACUAAUAUUACCUAUGUAGGUGGAAACAAACUCUAAAUAUAGUUUAUGCUACAAAAUAUUGUAAUACACAAAAUCAUUAUAACAUGUAGGUUCCAAACAGCCGCUUUUCAUUGAUUUUUAAAUUAUUUAGUUACUUAAACGAUUGUUUCUCAUAGUCAUUAAUUUUAGGAUACUUGUGCUUUGUAUACACACGGUUAUUCUAAAAUCACAUUAUACUGUCAAUUAAUUUAUCGUAAUGUUUAUGCCUUUGAAAAAAGAUUUCAUUUAUUCACGUUUUUUACCGGGAAGAUGAUGGAUAACUUAGUGUAACUGGCAAAUAUUCUAGUAGGCGUGGGACUGAUAGGUCCUGGUUGCGAAUCUCAUGGGGUAGGAUCGUGGAUGCGAACUUCUGAGGUGUCCCAAAAUAGGAUGAAACGGCCGUCCAGUGCUUCCAGGUUUUUCAUGAUGGUCUAGCUUCAACUGACUCAUGAUCUUAACUAUUAAAAUUGAAAACAAUUUGUCUAAUCAUCUAAAAUUAAUUCUCAUAAAAAUCCUUUCUUCUUUUUAAUUAAUAUCACAUUAACAUAAGACAAAUAUCUAAAAUCUUUCAAAAUUUUUUAUAUAUUUCUCUAGAACAAUGAACAGAAUUAAUUUGAUAUGAAUAAAAUAGAAGAAAUAACUAAAACAUUACAAACAGAAAUAGAUGAUAGUAAAAUUAUAUCUCAAUUGACAGAGUUAUAUCAAGUUUAUUUACAAGAAAAAAAUGAAAAUCAUGGAUUCAUAAAUAAUUAUUUAAUUAAUUUAAAUUUACCGCUAAUUUUAUGCAAAUCAAUAAAACAAAAUUUUUCACAAAUCAAUCAAAAUUGGUUCAUUGCAUAUCAAUUAAGUUGUUUCUUAUUAGAUAUUAUCUUAUCAUCAAAUAAUACAAAUUUAAAUGAUUUUCAAAUGAAUAUUAUUAUUGAUUCUCAUUUAAUUUUAUUAAAACGUUUACAAAAAAAUUAUCUUUUAAAAAAAGAAUCAAUAAUUAAUUUGGAAACAACAAAAGAUGAAUAUUUAAAUGUAAUCAGAUUAAUAUUAAAUAAUUUUAAAAAAAUAAUUCAAUAUUCUACAAAAAUUGUAUAUUUAUUAUUGAAAUCACCAUGGUUUCUACAAUUAUUUAUAACAGAUAAUAAAGAAUUUUCAUUAUUAUUAAUAGAAUUUUUUAUUGUAUGUAUUAAUUUAUCACCGGAAUCAUUUGAUCGAUUAAAGCACAGUUUAAAAAUUGAUAUAUUAGACGAAUUAAUUUAUCAUUUAUCUAUAAUGAAUAAUUCUGAAAUGAUACAAAAAAUAAUCAAAUCUCUUGUUGUAUUAUUAAUUAAAAUACCAGGAUUAUCGAAGACUAUAGUAAAACGUUAUCGUGGUAUUCAAUUGUUGUUAAUGAAAUGGUUGAAUCAGUUUACUAAUAAAUCAAAUGGAGUGGUUAGUACAAAAGUCAGCAUGGAAACUACACAAACAAUACUAGAUAAGAAUGAAGCUUGUAGACUAUUAUUAACACAACUAAUUGAUCUAAUCAAUGAAUCGCAGAUACCUACAGCAAAAGAAAAAAAGUCAGAAAUGAUAGUCAAUAGAAAGAAAACACUUGAAAAUAAGAACAUAGAUGUGAGACAAGCAGCGAUUAUUAUUCAGUCAAAUUGGAGAGGUUAUUCUGAUAGAAAGAAAAUAAAACGUAUGAAUGAAAGUAUUGGACUUUUACAGCGACAUUUUAGAGAACAUCAAUUAAAAAAGUUAGAAAAUGAGCAACAAGUUCAACUUGAAAAAGACUUCCAGAUUAUGAUCACAAUGAAUCGUCAUAAACGCUACCGAGAGAAGUUAGAAACAGAAAUUAAAUUAUGGUCGAGUUUACCUGGUUGUUUAGUUGAAAAUGAAUGGAAUAAAGAACGUGAAUUAGCUGCCAUAUUUAUUCAACGACAUUAUCGUGGUUACUGUGCACGAAAAUAUCUGAAAAAUCAACGGGACUAUUUAAAACGUGAUAAAGCUGCUAGAACAAUUCAAUUGAAUUUUCGUAAGUAUUUAUCACGUUUAGAAUGUGCAUCGUCUGGAAAAACUGUGUUCAAGAUAGAUCCAACAGAGAAUAACUUAAUCAAUAAUAAAAAGUUAGAAAUCACUAUUAAGGAAGUUCUCAGGGAACAUCGAAAAUGGUGUGAAACGCAUCAGCAAAGUAUGAGACUGAUCAAUCAAUUGGAAGAUGUUCAUAAAGAGACCCAAAUCAAAAUUGGUCAGUAUCGCCGUGAUUAUCAAGUGAACAGUAUUAAAUAUUUUUAUUCACAUGAAGCAAAGGCUAUCUACUUAAAUCGCCAAGAAUAUUUGCAAGUUAUGGUGAGAUAUUAAGCAAUAAAUGACUAUGUACAAUAUGAUACUGAAUCGUCAAUGUUCUUACAUUCAUGCUUAGAUAGAAAAACUUGGAAUUAGAGUUUAUUGGUGUCAGUGUUCAUCUGAAGAACAUACUGUUAAGGUCAAGAUGAUUCAUGGAUUCCGUUAGAAAUUUGAACACAACAUUUUUAAAGGUUAUCAUGUUAAACUGUUUGAUCAACAGUGUAACUAUAAAGUACGAUGUUUUCCAUUGGCGAAUGACCAAUUAUAACUAGAUACCUAGGUAACUGAUAUAACGAGUAGAACACUACUCAUCUUGUUAAAAUAAGUAAUGAAUGUUUCGGUCUGCAUGGAAACAGAAGAACCUCUGAGAUUGUAAAUGAACAAUCUUAAUGAACACCAAAUAAUUGGAGUUAGAUCAGAGGAUAAAUCAAUAAAAUCUCCACUGAGUAACAUCACGUUAAAAAGACUAUGAAGCAAUGCCAAUGUUAUUUAGAUCUCCUAUAUAAUACACAGCACCAGAAAUCACUUACUUGAAUAAUUAGUUUGGUUAAGUUUAUCAAUCAUGAUUAUCAACCACAAAGACGUCCUGUCACUACAGUUAUUCAUUUACAACAGUUCAGAUUAUGCUACCUUAUUCUUAUCAUUCAUUCUAGUCAACAUAUAUUGCUACUUAGAAUAAACCCGACCGUUGCUACUACCUUUACGUGGUGGUCGGGCUUGCCUAUC